UUGCCUCCUCUGGGACUAGAAGGAUAUGAGUCAGAGGAAGAGUGGAGGGCCUGCCUGGGAAGGGUGGUUAGUCCCUUCUCCAACGUGUGCAGUCAGCAAAACCUGGAGUGUCAUCAGCCCCCACCCCCAGGAAACAGGCCAGCAGCUCAUCCCUGCUUCCCACGGGGGCCAGGCCUCCUCUCCCAGGAGGGCCAAGCACAUACUUGCAAAGGCAAACUGCCCUUUUGGUUCUGUGCAUGCUUGCUGGGAAGUUCUUCCUAGUCUAACCUUAAUCCCUCUGGCUGCCUUAUCUACCACCCCAGGCCAAUCUUGGCAGCCCUGGAGGGCCAGGAACAGUUUUUGUAUUAUUUUUCCCUAAUUUGUACCGAGCACUUACCCACAGGCCAAGCACUGUUUAAGAACAUGACAUGUGUUAAUUCAUAAUCCUCAUAGCAAGUGUAUGAGGUAGGUACUGUUAUUACCCCUUUCUUGAUGAGGAAACUAAGGUACAGAGAGGCUAAGUAAUUUGCCUAAGAUCACACAGCUAGUGCUGGGGAGGGUGUUAGGGAGUCCUCAGGAUUUGAGUCCACUGGGGCCAGUUGGCUCGCUUCUGUGCUUUUAACCCUAGCCACAGCUGCUUCUGUGUUGGUCAGGGUUCCUGCACAGCCUGGGCUGGCCUGAGUUAGAAGUCAGGAAAAAAAGGAUGCACCCUGAGUGUUCUUCCUUCCUACUGAGUCUUCCAAUACCUGCCAGAAGUGCAGGGACCACUAUAACCCUAUUUCCCAGGACGGUGGCAGAGAGGUUCUAAGAUUUGCCAGUCUCAUAGCCAGCAAGUAGCAGAGUCGUAGCCCCUCGACACCCAGCUCUGCACACACUGAUUCUGAAGCAAGAUGGGAGAAGCUAUGUGAAACCCACUUGGACCUGGGCCUAGCAGAGAGGCAAGGAAGCUGCAAAGUAAGAACUGGGAGCUCCUGCACAAUGUGCCCUUCACGGUUCCAGGAGGAGAGUUUCCAUGCUGGGAGCAAGUUCAUUCUAUGCCAGGCUCUGGACUAAGCAUUUUCAGAUUCAACAAUUCUGAGUUUUUCACACAAGGCACAGACAGGCUAACUGUCCGAGGUCACUCAAGUAGUAAGUGAGGGAAAUGGGACUUGAACCCAGGCAGUCUGGCCAUGGCUGAGGCCCAGAGAGGAGUGGUGGAUAGCCCAGGGUCACACAGCCACAGCCCCAGAACUAGGAUCUGCUGGCUCCCUUCCAACUCAGGAAAAGCAAGAACAUCUGACUCCUAGCCAACUGGGGGCGGAGCAGGGGUGGAGCUAGGAAGACCCAGGUGGCCUCUCAGAACCAGAGCACAGGCGGUAGAGUAGCCUGGAGCAGCAUGAAGCAGAGCUGGGGAUCAGGGCUGCUCAUUCUGGGAGCAGUGGUCCUCACAGAGGGCCUCCAUGGCUGAGGGCACAAUUAAGCUAAUGCUCUCCACAUACCGAGGCCGCCUCCCUGACUCAAGGUGGGGGCAGAAGUUCUGGGUUCUGAAGCCUGGAGGAGGGUUGGCCUGGUCCCAAGCGGAACCCCAGGCCCUGCUCCUCAGGCCGAGGAGUGCUGAGCACAGCUGAGGCAGAGAUUAAUUACUGAGUGUACGCUGUGAAUAGGUUCCAAUAAAAGCUGUUUCUUGAUCUCAUAUAAAUAUUUUCAUUCUGGGAGGGGCUGGUGAGGUAGCCACAGAGUCAUAGGCAAGGACCCAGAGCCUUUCCCCCUAAACCUGUCUGUUCCACCUGGGCCAGGCAGGUAAGGUUUCCCCAGGUCUCACCUGAGUCCCCCCUCUUCCUAGGUCUUCAAGCAGCUCAGUGUGGUAAGCUCUGGGCACGUGGGGCUUGGGCCUUACCUGGGUCUAGCUCAGGCCUGGGGUGAGAACAGAGCAGGGACCUGCUGUCACCCUGACCCACUCCUCUCCACAGCGUGUGGGCAGCGCGGCCCUGGCCCCCCUGAGCCUCAGGAGGGCAACACGGUGGCUGGCGAGUGGCCGUGGCAGGCCAGUGUGAGGAGGCAGGGGGUCCACGUCUGCAGUGGGUCCCUCGUGGCAGGCACCUGGGUCCUCACUGCCGCCCACUGCUUUGAAAAGGCAGCAAUGACAGAACUGAACUCCUGGUCAGUUGUCCUGGGUUCUCUGCAGCGUGAGGGGCUGAGCCCAGGGGCUGAAGAGGUGGGGGUGACUGCUCUGCAGUUGCCCAGGGCCUAUAACCACUACAGCCAGGGCUCAGACCUGGCCCUGCUGCAGCUUGCCCACCCCGUGGCCCACACACCCCUCUGCUUGCCCCAACCUGCCCAUCGCUUCCCCUUUGGGACCUCUUGCUGGGCCACUGGCUGGGAUCAGGACACCAGUGAUGCUCCCAGGACCCUACGGAAUCUGCGCCUGCGUUUAAUCAGCCGCCCCACGUGUAACUGUCUCUACAACCGGCUGCACCAGCGGCUGCUGGCCAGCCCAGCCCGGCCUGGGAUGCUGUGUGGGGGUGCCCAGCCUGGGGUGCAGGGGCCCUGUCAGGGAGAUUCUGGGGGCCCUGUGCUGUGCCGCGAGCCUGAUGGACACUGGGUUCAGGCUGGGAUCAUCAGCUUCGCAUCAAACUGUGCCCAGGAAGACACUCCUGUGUUGCUGACCGACAUGGCUGCUCACAGCUCCUGGCUGCAGGCCCGAGCUCAAGGGGCAGCCUUCCUGGCCCAGAACCCAGAGACGCUAGAGAUCAGUGAUGAGGAUAGCUGUGUAGCCUGUGGCUCCUUGAGGAGAGAAGGUCCCCAGGCAGGAGCUCCCUCCCAAUGGCCCUGGGAUGCCAGGCUGAUUCACCAAGGGAAGCUGGCUUGUGGCGGAGCCCUGAUAUCAGAGGAGGUGGUGCUGACUGCUGCCCACUGCUUCAUUGGGCGCCAGACCCCAGAGGAAUGGAGUGUAGGGCUGGGGUCUGGACCAGAGGAGUGGGGCCUGAAGCAACUCAUCCUGCAUGGGGCUUAUACCCACCCAGAGGGGGGCUAUGAUGUGGCCCUCCUGCUGCUGGCCCAGCCUGUGACACUGGGCCCCAGCCUGCGGCCCCUCUGCCUGCCCUACACUGACCACCGCCUGCCUGAUGGGGAACGUGGCUGGGUCCUGGGGCUGGCCCAAGGAGCAGGUAUGUCAGACAGGACCACCAGCAGCUGUCCAUCUAGCCUAGAGGCCGCUGGGGCAGCUGGGUCUUUUCCUUUCCCUACAGGCACCAGCUCCCCUCAGGCAGUGCCUGUGACCCUCUUGGGGCCCAGGGCCUGCAGCCGGCUGCAUACAACCCUUGGGAGCCAUGGCAUCACCAUUCUGCCAGGGAUGGUGUGUACCAGUGUGGUGGGUGAGCCGCCCCACUGUGAGGCCAACCAGCUGGCUGUUGACAGGUGGCUCUGGGAUGCUGCAAACACAGUGAGGCAAUUCCUGCAUCACUGCCCCUUGCCCUCUCCCAGUCCCCCCACCCACAUGAUCCUAGGCACUUGGGGCAGGCCCAACAGCCCAGGGGGCUCUGGGAAGGAGCUUGCCUGGACCGGCAGCUGCCCCCACUCCCCACCCUGCAGGACAGGGAGAUGUCACCUGUGGAAGAUCCCCGACACCCAGCUCUGCUGUCCAAUGCAGGCAUCCCCAGCUUUCCGUAUUCUUCAUCCCCUCGGAUACAAUCACACCAGCCAUGAACUUUGAAAAUUUCUCUUUUUGGGGGGAGCAAUUUUCCUUUUUUCCAAAACUUAAAUAAAUUGUUACAAAAUAGA